GAAAAAAAGAAGGUAGAUUUAAUAUCAAUAAAAAUAAAUAUUCUUAAUAGCUGUUGAGGUCAAAGUAAAAUCCUGUGUUUUUAGAUUUUAAAAACCAAAGUGAAUAAUCACUUGGUCAUUGGUUUAGAUGAGUGGUUCUUGUAAAGUUUUCCAGCGACAAAAGAAGCAGACAGACAGAGAAUAGGGCCAAACAAAGUGGCUUUAUUGAGCGUUCUCAGGCAAGGUUCUUGGGUCCCAAGGGGGUGGGGUGAGAAGUCUAGUCUGUUUGGAGGGAGUUAGGGCUUGUAUACUGUUUGAGGUGGACUGGGGACUUUUGGCAGGAAAAGCUGAGGAUUUUCCACUGUGACCUUCGGCGGUUAUUAAGGAAUAGGAGGGGCUGAUGGUGUUUGCGAAUCCAGGGGCCGAAAACUUUCUUAGCUGGGUGGACAUUCAGGUGUUGUUGUUUUCAGCGGGGCCUUGCAGUUGUCCUUGGCGGGUCUGGUCUCAUGACCCUUUUCUUUUUGAUCUAGGAAGGGGAGGGCACCCCCCCACCAGCCUUACAUUACCCACUAGAUGCCACGUUUGACCCUGUGGGUCAAGAUCAGCCUCAGUUGAGAACUAUAAGGCAACUUCUCAGGCUCCCCUCUCUUGGGAGCCACGAACCUGGCCCUGGCCUGGGAGUGCUCAAUAAAGCUAUGUUGUUUGGCCCCACUCUCUCUCUCUCUCUGUGUCUGCUUCUUUUGCUGCCAGAAAACUUCACAGGUAGAGGCCAAGAAUAUUGCUAAACACUCCACACAAUAACCUACACACACAGAGCAAAGAAUUAUCCAGCCCAAAAUGUCGAUAUUGUCAUAGUUGAGAGACCCUGGAUUAAAGAAUUUUACAAUUCUUUGUAAUUCUGAGAUUAUCUGAUUAUAGGUCCUUUAUUUUUCUGAAGAUGGGGAAUUCCUUGGGAAUUACUCUUGAAGUUUUAAACUUCUCUCAAUAACAUGUUUUUAUAUCUUAAUAUGUAUAUAUUUUUAUAGUGAUUAUGUUAAUGGAAAAAACAAACUCUGUAAAAUCAUUUACAGAGGUUUACCCUGAGCCCAAGACAUGUGACUGUGGCCUGGGGAGCCACACCCAAGAAACCUCAAGAGUGGUGAAUGUGUUGCUAACAACUCCACUGUGGGUGGUAAACACCAGGCUGAAGCUGCAAGGAGCAAAAUUUAGGAAUGAAGACAUUGUACCCACCAACUACAAAGGUAUUAUUGAUGCUUUUCACCAGAUCAUUCGAGAUGAAGGAAUAUUGGCUUUAUGGAAUGGCACAUUUCCCUCCUUGCUGUUGGUCUUCAAUCCUGCUAUCCAGUUCAUGUUCUAUGAAGGUUUAAAACGGCAGCUUUUGAAGAAACGGAUGAAGCUUUCUUCUUUGGAUGUGUUCAUCAUUGGUGCAAUAGCCAAAGCAAUUGCCACUACAGUCACCUAUCCCAUGCAGACAGUACAGUCAAUUCUGAGGUUUGGCCGUCACAGACUAAAUCCAGAAAACAGAACACUGGGAAGUCUUCGAAAUGUUCUCUAUCUUCUUCACCAACGAGUGAGGCGUUUUGGAAUAAUGGGACUCUACAAAGGCCUUGAAGCCAAACUGCUACAGACAGUACUCACUGCCGCUCUCAUGUUCCUUGUUUAUGAGAAACUCACAGCUGCUACUUUCACAGUUAUGGGGCUGAAGAGUGCAGGCAAGCACUGACACGCCUUCCAGUGGGAAGUAUGGAAGAUGCCGGAGAUGGGUAGUUUCCUUCUGAGUGAAGAGAAGUGAUUUUCCUUUUACUCUGACUCUCUCCACCACAAAUUUUACCCUCAUUGGCUUGAAAGGCAUGGAAGGGUAAAUGGGGAGUAUAUCCAGCUGAACCUGUUGCCACCUUAGUUUUUAUAACGGCUGGUUGGAUUUUGGGGUGGUGGUUAGACUAAUAUAAAAAGAAAACUAUUAUUGAAAACCUAAAAA